UUUGUUAAGAAAAAACACAAACAACGUGCACAAGAGAGAGCUUCGUAAGAGAGGUCGAAUGCAAUGGUUUACACAGCUGUGCUGUAACUAACCAUACCAGAAUCGGCUGUUCCGUACAAGAGUAAACAGAAACUUGAAUCGAAGUUUUAUAUAGUAUACUUUUUGUUGGUUUUUUUUUUUGUGUUCACUUCAUUACGUUUUUGUAUUUCGUUCUGACUAACGUUGUAGUCAUUGAAUACCUCAUGCCCAUGCAAAGUUCAUUUAUAAUAAUUUAAACAAAAAAAAAAAUCGUAGAACUUUUUUGGAGGUCGAAUUUGUAAUUUAAAAAAAAUAACAUUUUUUUUCCUUCUAUUUAUAAUUAUUAUUUAAAUAAGUUGUAAUCAUGUUUUUGAAAGUUUUUUGGUCCGGUUUGCUAUUUGUACCCUUGCUGUUUGCAGAAGCCAGGAUCUCUAAGCGAUAUGUCGUUGGUUGUCCUGACCGAUGCGACAAGUCCCAGUGCCCUCUGAUUCCAACAGAAUGUCUCGCUGGGGACACACUUGACCAAUGCGACUGCUGCCCUGUCUGCGCAGUCGGGGAGGGAGAGUCCUGCGGCGGCUCGGGGAGGCUCGGGGAACCGGUCUGCGGAGAAGGGUUGGAGUGCUCUGUUUCAGACGGCGUGGCUCACUCUCUAACGGUGAGACGGAGGGGCAAAGCUGGGGUGUGCGUCUGCGAAAGCUCCGAAGCAGUUUGCGGGAGCGACGGCGUGUCCUACCGAAAUAUCUGUGAACUGAAGAGAGUCAGUCAGCGUGCGGAGAAACUUAAACAGCCGCCUGUAAUCUUCAUUCAGAGAGGAGCGUGCGGACAAGCAGGUCAAGAAAACCCAGACAGCCUCCGGCACAGAUACAACUUCAUUGCGGAUGUGGUGGAGAAAAUUGCACCUGCUGUGGUUCACAUUGAACUGUACCGCAAGUUGACGUUUUCGAAGCGGGAGGUUGCUGUGGCGAGUGGCUCUGGUUUUGUGGUCUCGGAAGACGGGCUGAUUGUCACAAAUGCUCACGUGGUGGCCAAUAAGCACAGAGUGAAGGUGGAGCUGAAGAAUGGGGCCACUUACGAUGCCAAAAUCACAGACGUGGACGAGAAGGCGGACAUUGCACUAAUUAAAAUAGACACUGCGGCUAAGCUGCCCGUUCUGCUGCUGGGCCGAUCAGCUGACCUGCGGCCAGGGGAGUUUGUGGUGGCCAUCGGGAGCCCCUUCUCCCUCCAGAACACAGUGACCACAGGGAUCGUCAGCACCACCCAGCGAGGAGGCAAAGAGCUGGGCCUCCGCAAUUCGGACAUGGACUACAUCCAGACCGACGCCAUCAUUAACUAUGGAAAUUCCGGAGGCCCUCUGGUGAAUCUGGACGGCGAGGUGAUCGGGAUCAACACUCUGAAGGUGACGGCCGGCAUCUCCUUCGCCAUUCCCUCUGAUAAAAUCAGGCAGUUCCUUGCAGAGUCCCACGACCGACAGGCAAAAGGGAUGACUGCACCAAAAAAAAAAUAUAUUGGAGUAAGAAUGAUGAGCCUCACUACCACGCUUGCCAGGGAACUGAAGCAACAGCACAAGGAUUUUCCAGAUGUCACCUCCGGAGCAUAUGUGAUUGAAGUCAUCGCGAAAACACCAGCUGCAGCCGGAGGGAUGAAGGAACACGAUGUGAUCAUCAGCAUCAACGGGAAGCUAAUAACCUCAUCCAGCGACGUCAGCGACGCCAUUAAGAAGGACAGCACCCUGCGCAUGGUGGUACGCAGAGGGAACGAAGACGUCAUUCUGACCGUCGUCCCCGACGAGAUCGACCCCUGAUCGCAACCCCGAGCUGGUUCUCGCCUUUCACAAUGGACCCUAGCAGGACGUGACUGGGGGAUCUCGUCUCUGUUACAACCUGCCGAUGUUCGGGCUACUCUGAUAAUAAAGAGAACUGAGAUUGAUAUGCUGUGCAUUACA